AGCAGAGCCGCGAAGGUUCCAAUCUUUAUUUGAAAGUCGCCAGAAGACUGACAGCUUGUCUGGCUGCUCCGCGGGUCACGUGGCGGGUCGGAUCACGUGACACCCCGGGAGCCCGCCCACGGAGGUCUGUUGCCCUGACGACAGCUGCCUGGCGGGGACUUUCCCAGAGAGCGCGGGCUCCCUGGAGCAGUGUUUCCAAUGCUGUAAAUAAUUUUAGGAUACUUGUUUUGUGACGCGAAAAUUACUAACUAUGGCUCACUCUUCCAACGUAUACUUUGAUGAAGAAUUUGAACGGUUUAUGAGGGAGCUUUCAGAUGAUUCUUUUGAAAAUUCAAAUAAAACACCUAGACAACCUGACAAAGAAAUGAAGGAGAAAGACCCAGUGCCUUGGUGGAUAGCUGAAGAAGAUUUUGAAGAUAAUGGACUGCUUGGAACAAAUGUGAGCUAUUUGAAGACAAAGAAGACAGAUCAACCUAUUAUGGACACAGAAGAGGAGUCUGCUGAAAAAGUUCAAUUUCUUAAGAGCAGUGGAACCUCCAUCUUAAGUGUUGACAGCUUAGAAGCUAAUGAAUUGGUUGUUUCUGAGCUCCAUCAUAGCACCCUUGGUUUGGGCUUGGACACGUUAGAAGAACAAGAGGAGAAAGAGCAGUUCUUUGCCAGGCUGGAGAAAGGCUUGACAUCUUCUAUUGAUUAUUCAAAAUUAAAUCAAGAACUGGAUUCUGACGACUCCACACAACUGAAAGCUCUAGAUAGAUAUCAAGAUAAUGCAGAGCCAGCUGAAGAUGGAUGUGUGAAUGAAUCAGAACAUGAGGAACUGCCAGAAACAUACAGUGAUGAUUUUGAAGAUGCUGAGGAUACUGAUGAACCUUUGAUUACUAAAGAUGAAGAGACCCAUCCCAAAGAAAACUCUGAGUCAGGAAAAGACAGCUUUCCCAAACAGGAGGAAGAGAAAACUGGCAUGCUGGCUAAUGUUGUGCUGCUUGACUCGUUUGACUCUGUUGAGGAUGUCAACCUUAGCAAUCAAGAGAAAGCAACCCCGAAAGCAACGGCCCUCCCAGAAAUGAUGGACGGAGAACCAGCAGACAUAGGUGUUCCUUAUGGACAAAGCAGUGGUGAUACUGAAGCCCUGCACCAGGCUUACUGUCAUGUAGCUCAUUCUCUGGGAGACACGGGCGAACCAAGAAUUGAGGCUAGCACUGUACAAACUGUCAGGAGCUCCUUAAAAGAUGGUCUUCAAGAAAACGAAGAGUCUUCAAAGAACAUCUCUACCACCGAGUCCGAUCUGCCCACAGUAGAGGAGCUGAUGAGGCCUAUCAGGAUAGAUUCCUAUGGAAGCAGGGCCUUUGCCGUGCAGCCUGUCAGCCUUAAGAAUGCAGUGGACAGUAAAGCAGCUGAAUCUGUGAGCUCUUUACCCCUGAGGAUGAAUGCAGACACUGUGUCUCAAGACACUAGACAUGCGGUCCAACUUCCCCACAAACCUGACGAGAGUGUAGUGCUACACAGGACAGCAGGUGAGGGCAUGGGCAGCAGCUGUCCAGCUACGGAAGAGCAUUUGGACAAAAUGUACCUGGAGAUUUUGAGGAAGAAAACAUCUGUUAACCCUUCACUAUUACCUCAGGAUGACAAAAUGAACCAGACGUCCAGGUCCCGGCUCGGUGCUGGGCAAGAGGUGCCUGUCAUCGGCAAGCAGGUGCCGUGGAAGAAGGCCAGAAGUGCUCCUCCUUUGCCUAAGAGAAAGCCACAGAGUGGACUGUACGCGUCAGCUCGGAGCUCAGGCUACGGCAAACCCAGCUCACCACUCCAGUUAUUUUCAACUCUUGAAAAGAAAACUUUAAAGGAUAAUACAAAAACUAGAAGUGUGAGAUCCAUUCCCACCUCAAAUCAAUUUAGAAAAAAAGAAAUACUAUCUGGAACAAAACUCAUCAAGCCUGCAGCUUUGAAUAAAGCAUCCCCUCACCAUGAGGGUAGCCCAGCUACACCUAAGAGGCCUGAAGACCCGUCAGAAGAUUCCUUUGUUCAGGGACAGACUGAGCCUUCAGGGUCCUAUGGUGGGAACAGAGAGAAAGAAUUACUAAUGCUGAAAAGAGCGCAGGAUGCGGAGGAGAAAUGGAGGGGCGCGCAAGCGCUGAUCGAGCAAAUUAAAAUGACGUUCUCUGAGAAGGAGAAGGAGCUGGAGAGCGCAGUGGAAAGGCUGCAGAGGCAGCAGGAGAGAGAGCUCUUCAGACUGAACCAGGAGAAUUACAUUCUUCAGGCCAAGUUAAGUAGCUUUGAAGAAACAAGCAGAAAACAGAGGUGGCUACAAUUUGGAGAAACAGCUGACCCCCUCACCGAAGAAAAACUGAAACAAAUUCAAAAAGAGAUACAAGAACAAGAGACACUUCUUCAAGGCUACCAACAGGAAAAUGAAAGAUUGUAUAAUCAAGUAAAAGAUCUUCAGGAACAAAAUAAGAAAAAUGAAGAGCGAAUGUUUAAGGAAAAUCAGAAUUUAUUCAGUGAGCUGGCUUCUUUGAAAGAACAGAUGCACAAAAAUCGUUUUCUAUCUCAAGCAGUUGAAACUACAGAACCCACCAAAAACCAGAGUUUUACAGAUCUUCUAGCAGAAUUACGGGCAGCACAGAAAGAAAAAACCCAUCUAAUGGACGACAUCAAAAGACUGAAGCAAGACAAACAAGCUCUGGAAGUGGACUUGGAAAAAGUAAAGAGAGAGAGGGACCAAGCCAAAGAUCAAAUCGCCUAUGCGACAGGUGAAAAAUUAUAUGAAAUAAAGAUUUUAGAAGAAACACAUAAACAAGAAGUCAGUCGUCUACAAAAGCGGUUACAGUGGUACGCUGAAAACCAGGAGCUUCUGGAUAAAGAUGCAGCUCGUCUCAGAGAGGCCACUGAAGAAACUGAGAGGCUAAGAUCAGAGAUUGAAAAACUGAAAACUGAGUCUGGAAGCCCAGCUACUCAGCAGAGGUUACGCUCAAAGGAAAGAGCUCUUGAUGCCAAAAGAAUUCAGGAUCUGGAGCGGCAGGUUAAAGAGAUGGAAGGGAUUCUGAAGAGAAGGUAUCCCAACUCCAUACCUGCUUUGAUCCUGGCUGCCUCGGCAGCCGGUGAUUCCGUAGACAAAAAUACAGUGGAAUUUAUGGAGAGAAGGAUAAAAAAGCUAGAAGCUGAUCUGGAGGGCAAAGAUGAAGAAGCCAAGAAAAGCCUUCGCACCAUGGAACAGCAGUUUCAGAAAAUGAAGAUUCAGUACGAACAGCGGCUGGAGGAGCAGGAACAGCUGCUUGCCCACAGGCAGCAGGAAGCACCACAGAACCAGCGUGUCAGCUCAUCCAGGCUUAAGGCUCUUGAGACAGAACUUGGGGACAUAAAGGAAGCCCAUCAGAUCACUGUAAGAAAGCUGGAAGCUGAAAUUGAUGUUCUUAAACAUCAAAAUGCUGACUUAGAACACAAGAAGAAUGACAAAGAAGAUCAGGACCUCCAGUCCAUAGAAUUCCAGGUAGAACAGGCGCAGGCAAGGGCCAAGCUGGCGAGACUCAAUGAAGAACUGGCAGCCAAGGGGAGAGAGAUCCAAGACCUUAACAAGACUGUGGAGAGGCUCCAGAAGGAAAGGAGGGUGAUGCUGUCGAGGCAGAUCCCCGGGAGCAGAGAGGAGACGGCUGCCAAAAGGCUGAAGAAAGACGUUCUGCGCCCAAGCAGAGGAAAUGUGAAUGCCUUCCCUGAAACCCUGGAUGGCAAACUGUACCACCCACACACCUUUACUGACUCUCAUAUUUCGGAGGUCUUACAGGAAAACUACAGAUUGAGAAGUGAGCUGGAGGGGUUGAUUUUAGAGAGAAAUAAGCUGAAGAUGGAAUCUGAGGCAGCAGUAUGCCAACUGGAAAACUCCAUGAAAAGGGUCAAGGACGAUGCUGCAGCACAUAUUGCAUCCCUCAAAGCAUCUCAUGAGAGGGAAAUAGAGAAACUCCUUUGCCAAAAUGCAAUAGAAAAUUCCUCUUCCAAAGUAGCUGAACUGAAUCGCAAAAUCGCAACUCAGGAGGUACUUCUAAAACAUUUCCAAGGUCAAGUCAGUGAGCUGCAGGGUAAGCAGGAAUCUCUUGCAGUUUCUCAAGUUCGAGAAGAAAUCCUACAGAAACAGAUUACAAAACUCUUGGAAGAAUUGAAAGAAGCCAAAGAAAACCACACACCAGAGAUGAAGCAUUUCAUGGGCUUAGAAAGAAAGAUCAAGCAGAUGGAGACAAGGCAUAGGCAGAGAGAGCAGGAGCUCCAGCAGAUAAUACAGCAAACACGCCAAGUUGUAGAAACUGAGCAAAACAAGGAAGUUGAGAAGUGGAAACGACUUGCACAGUUAAAGAAUCGGGAGCUGGACAAGUUCCGCACGGAGCUGGACUCCAUACUGGACGUUCUGCGGGAGCUGCACCGACAGGGCGUCGUGGUCCCCGUUGCUCUUGCGGGUGAAGAAAGCACCGCAGAGUUUUAGUCGGAACUUGGAUCUGAGUGACCUCAUUGGAAGACAGAUGAAAAUGUGCCGCUGUCAGGACCACACAGCCACGCGUGACCACCACCAGAGUAACAUGUCAGAAUAAACUGCCAUGAACCAACAAGGAAAGAACAGACAUCUUGAUUUAUCUUACUGAAAACCAUUAAACAUUUGAAAUGACUUAUGAGCAGGUUCCAUAAUGUCAGAAGACCAUGACGAGCAAGGCGGACUGUGGACGGGGCUGGGCGGACCGUGGACGGGGCUGGGCGGACCAUGGAUGGGCUGGGCGGACUGUGGACGGGCUGGGCGGACCGUGGACGGGCUGGGCGGACUGUGGACAGGCUCGCUCCCAGGCUACAGACGAAGAAGAAGGUGCACAUCCUCAGCACAUUUAUAGAUCACAUUACUUCGAAUUUUCUGUCAGACAGGAAGUUCGCUCUUUCUCAUGAAACAGGUAGAUGAGUGAGAGCCUCAUGCUGGGGACAGUCUCGUCAGCUGUCAGCUGAGCUGUGGAGUGUCCUCAGGCGUUUAGAUGACAGUUGUAACUUCUGUACAGGGAAACAGCAAGUUCUCCAGGGCCUUUUGCACCUGAUACAAAGUGACAAGUAAUGGCAUAGUUUGAUGUGUCCAUUACUGGAGGGCAGAUCUCAUAAAUGACAAUUGGAAUUUUGGGCAGCUCUUAAGUAUAUAGAAAAUACACGAACUUUUUCCUUUUCUGUUGAAAAAUAUUAUGUCCAUUAGAAAAAUAAAAAUGUGCUUAAAAAUAGCUAGUUUAUUUUAUAAUCCCAUUUGUAAAAGUAGGUCAGACGUGUGUGAUUUCUGUAAAGGAAAGCUGCCGCCAGUGUGUUUUCAAGUGUCUGUCUCUGGAGACGGGGCUGUCCAGAGAUGCAUUUGGUGUCUGCACUGCACGCUGCGCUCCGGGUGAUGUGUGGAGGAAGAGGCGGUGACAGGAACACGCCUGAGCUCCGGACAGUAUGACAAGAGCUGCACAGCGAGUUUUAAUUUUUAGUCAGUUUAAAAUGUAAAAAGAAACUGUGAACUAAGUCUUUAGAGUGUAUUUUACAUUAGUAGCCCAUCUUGAUUUAGAUGACAUUCCCACUGCCCAUGCCAGUAAAUGCAGUCCUGAAAUAAUACUUGUAAAGUAAAACAUUUCGUGAGGAACGGGUGAGCAAAUCUUAGUGAACUCAGGAGCAGAGGUUGUGAAGUAGAUCACCUGGUUAGAAGAAGUGUAAUUGUCCUAAUGCCAGCAUUUUGUAAUGUGUUUUCUUUCUGAGAGGGAAGUAAAAAAAGCAUUAUCAUUUUCAAUUUUUUCAUGUACAACAUUUCAAAAUUAUAAUACAAAUAAUUUAUU